GUCAGGGUGGAGUGGGUGGGGGUGGGUGUGUGUGUGGGUGGAGUAAGUGCUCAGGGUCCCCCACUGCGUUUUGUUACCUCUAAAUAAAGUUUUUUUUUAUUCACUUAUUUUUAUUUUUUUUAAAGAAGAAACAGGAGAUGUUUGGAUCACUCGCUGCUGUAGGGCUGAGUCCCGGUGUUCCGAUCCGAAGCUCUGAUUGAUUUCAGGCUUCUCAACAUCUGGAUGUGAAUGCGGAGUGUGGGAGCGGCGCUUCGCCCACUUGUUGCGUUUUCUUUACCGUCUGUAACCGUCUGCGAAACAUCCCCCAAAACAAGUAACGUACCCCGGACGCGCAUUUCAUUUCAUUUCAUUUCAUAGCUAUUUCAUAGCUCUGGACAAGAGUUCCGAUCUUCAGGCGAUUGAUUUCAGGCUUCCGAACAACUGGAUGGCGAUUCCAGGCAUAGCAACGGUUGGAUGCCCUGUGCAGUUUCGUAACAAGUGCUGAUUUUCUAAACAUAUACAGUACAGACGAAUGGUUAAAAAAAAAUGCCCCGAUUGGCAGUUUUGCUACAAAGAGCAAAACUGGGUAUUUAUCAGCCCAUAAGCUUUUCAGCGCUCCUCUCCAUUCGAAGAUGGAAUCUGCCCAAAAGGAGGCCAUUAGAUUCCAGUGUCAGGACUGUCAGCUGUCUUAUGAAAGGCUACAGAAGAGCGGAAGUAGAAAGGAGUGGUUUAAUGACUCGGAGUUUUAAUAACCAGGUCCAGGAAAUUUUGCAAUCAGAGCUAGAAUAUUACAAAUCUAAGUCACAUGAGUACCGUGAGCUGGAGGUAAAGCUGAAGAAGAGACUUGAAGCAACCUUUAACAAAUACAUCUCCACAAAUGACAGUCCUAAAAUUCUGCAGAUCGCUGAUACUGUGUACUACGAAGACGGCGGCUGCAUUUAUCGGUGCAGAAUCCCAAAUGGUGUCCGCCUCCCUGAAGUCGUGUUACGUUUGGACGAGUUAAGGUUCCUUCGCCCUAAAGACGCCGACUUUCAGCGCAUUAGGGUGUCACCGGGGCAGAAGUACUUGGCGUGCGGUGUCCGCACUUCGCGCGAGGAGGCUUCGUUUUGUGUCGUGGUCAGGCUCGGGGCAAGACCGGAGGUGGCGCAUGUUUUGCCAGGAGUCUUCAGCUUCGAAUGGGGGACCGAUGAUGUUCUGUUUUAUACCAUUGCGGAGAAAUUGAAGUCCCAACAAGUGUUUCGACUUCUGCUGGCGAGCAAUGCAGUAACACCCGAAGUGGUUUACAGGGAAAAAGAUCCCAGGUUUUUUGUGGAGGUGAUCAGCACUAAAGAUGGCAGAUUUGUCACUGUGAACAGCAACAGUAAAAGCAGCUCAGAGGUCUGGUUAAUAGACUGCAGCCAACCAUUGGGCCAGCUUCAGAUUGUGCAGGAGCGGGUUCCUGGGAUUAUCUACCAUGUAGAGCAUUGGGGGAAUCAGCUAUACAUUCUGACGAAUUGGGGAGCAACUAAAGAAUAUCAGCUGGUGAAGACGCCUCUUUCUUCCCCUGGAAUAGAGAGCUGGCAGACAGUGUCUGCUGUGAGGGAGCGAGCCAAGCUGGUUGACAUGGAGCUCCUGGAGGAUCAUUGCGUGAUGCUGUUGAAGUGUCGAGGCCGCUUGCACAUGGAUGUCUUUUCCCUCCGUGAACCGGAAUCUGUUAAGUCCGUUCAGCUACCAGCCUGGGCUUGCACCAUUGAGACGGAGGCUAGCCUAAAGCACAAGGCAAAUGAGUUUUCCUUUCAACUCUCCUCUCCAGUGCAGCCACCAAUAAGCUUUGUCUACUCGGUCGAAGAUGACGGGCUCUAUAUCCAAGAGGAUGAAACUGGGUCAAACGUGAUUAGCGACUACAACGUGAAGCGAUUGGAGGUGCCCAGCGAGGACGGUACGCUGGUGCCGGUCACAGUAUUUCAGCGACGGUCGCCAAAGCCUCUGAGGGAGAGGCCACUGCUGGUGCAGGUUUACGGAGCCUAUGGGAUGGAUUUGAAUCUGGGUUUCGAACCGGAGCAGAUGGUGCUGCUGGAAGAUGACUGGGUUUUAGCUUAUUGUCAUGUUAGAGGCGGUGGAGAGUUGGGCCUCAACUGGCACGAAGCGGGGAGGCUGGACAGGAAGCACAAGGGAGCCGAGGACCUGUGGGCUGGUGUGAGCCACUUGCACACGAUGGGGUACUCCAAGCCGAGACUGACAGCCCUAGCGGCUAACAGUGCGGGCGGGGUCUUAGCGGGGGCCCUGUGUAACACGUACCCCCAUCUCAUCAGGGCUGUGCUUUUACGAGCUCCUUUCCUUGAUGUUCUUGAUACAAUGCUGGACCCUUCGUUGCCUCUCACGAUUGAGGAGCAAGAGGAGUGGGGAAACCCUCUGACUGACAGGAAUCUUCUCGAAUACAUUAAGAGCUACUGUCCGUAUCAGAAUAUCAAGCCACAGAGAUACCCCUCCAUGUUCAUCACGGCCUACCAGGAUGAUCAGCGUGUGCUAUUGGGGAGCGUGUUGAGAUACGUGAGCAAACUCCGGAAUGCUGUAGCCGUUGAUUCUCACGAGCAUAAUGCAAGAGAUGAGGGUGAGUUGCCUGGUAUACUGUUGGAUAUCCAGCCUGGAGGUGCUCAUUUCGGUUCGACGGACUGGGAAGAAUCAAUACGCGAAGUUGCCAGACAUUAUGCAUUUCUGUACAAAGCGCUGGGUCUUGAUGUAUAGAAGCAGCCCUAUACCACCGCUAUACCAACGUAUGUGUGGCCUGUCUGCUGACAAGAAUCUGUCACAACCAAGACGUCAGUAACCUGGAACAUAAUGGAAUCUUUUCUAAAAGGCAGGCUGGAGGAGGGUCUGUAUUGCAGCGACUUACAAAAUAGCCAGGUUUGGCUUAGAAGUGGAAGAACGUGCCUGGCAAAAUCUCUAUGACUUUCAGGGGAAGGUUAAAAGUAGGUGAUGUCGCUCCUGAUGAUACAGUUCAUGUAACGGUUGACAUAGAAUUCUACAUGAAAGACUUUUUUGGGUUCAGUUUCUAAGCUGGGAGAGUUAAUGUACCAAAGGGAUGAGCUUUUGUGGACCGAAUGGCAUUUUCUUAUCCUUUAAGGACUGGUUGAACCAGAAGGAUCUUGGUUUGAAUUCCAGUUGUUAAACCAAUUUGUUCUUUCAAGGACAAUAAAAGGAGUAUUCCUCUCUAAAAGAGGGAAGUGGAGGAGAGUUGAGGUAAGGAGAGUCUUCGCUGGGUUUUAACUGUCUCUGAGAAGCUAAGACUGGUAACAUUGGUCAGGUCCAAGACAUGUUGGUGGUUGAAUAGUCUAUGUGGCAUAUUAAUGGCUUUGAAGUAUAGACAGACCAAAAGGCUAGAACCCAAACCAUAAUCCUAGCUUAACAAUGUAAACCACUCAGUUAACGACAACACAAGAUCUGAUGUCUCACUCCUGACUUUUAUGUUUUCAUGUGACUAAAAGAGUCAAUAAAAAAAUCUCCAAUUAUC